UGGGCCCCAAGCGGAUUCAAAAUGGUGGCAAAACUAUCGCUGUUUAGUAUCGCCUCGGAAAAUCCGCUUAUCACCGUGGCAUCACUGGUUGUAUUUGCUAUAGUUACUUGGCUUUUUCAGCGAACCAUAUAUCGUUUGUAUUUGCAUCCACUCGCUAAAUUCCCAGGUCCGCCAGCGGCUGCUGCCACAAGAUUAUGGAAGGGCUAUAUCGAAUGUGGAUUGCGCAUUUCCUUCUGCCAUUUUCUCGAGGAGCUUCACCGCAAAUAUGGGGAAGUGGUAAGAAUUGGGCCAAACGAGCUCCAUUUCUCCAAUCCACAGGCAUACCAUGACAUCUACAAUAACAAAAAUAGAUGGGACAAGGAGAAACAGGUGUAUCACAGUAUGGGUGAGGAUAGAUCCUCCUUUGGCUUUCUCACGUACCAGGAAUCAAAAGAGCGCAAAGACGUUAUGAAAAAGAUGUUCUCCCCGACAGCCCUCUCCCAAGCCCAUGGUUUGAUUGUGCAAAAGCUUGAUGCAUUUUGCAAAGCACUGGAACGACAGAGCAAGUCUGGAAAACCUGCAGACUUGUUCUUUGCCUUCCGAUGUCUGACUAUGGAUAUCGUGACAUAUCUAUCUUUCGGUGCCUCUGUGGAUGCGAUUGAUUCACCAGAUUUCCAUGCACCACUGCUCGAAGCCAUGGAUGCUUCCAUUGACACCCUCAUGCUUUUUAGGCACUCACAUACGUACAAGGAUAUGAUCCUCAAUUGUCCCCCGAAUAUCGCAAAAGUUGUUGCUCCAGCUACACGUGGACUCAUAGACAUGCAGCAGAUGAUCAAAGCGCAAAUCCGAGAUUUAGUAAAUGAUCCGGAAAACCUGAAUCAUCUGCCACACAAUAUGACAAUAUAUCACUGCUUGCUAGACAAAGAGGCUUACCGUAACAACAAAGUGCCUUGUGAAGGAAGCCUUUACGAAGAAACUCAAGCAUUGAUGUUUGCAGGAUCAGAUACUACUGGAAAUACAUUCUUAGUGGGAUUUUUUCACCUGUUAAGAGCCAAAGACAGAUAUGCGAAGCUUAAGGAAGAGGUCGAAGCUGCAUGGAAAGCCGCUGGUUCAUCAGGACCUGAGGCACGCGUUUUCGAGUCUUUGCCCUAUCUCAAUGCCGUCAUCAAAGAAGCUCUACGGUUAAGCGUUGGGGUUACCACUGGUCUGCCUCGUAUUGUGCCAAAAGGAGGUGCAGAGAUUGCUAAAAUAUCUGUGCCGGGCGGUACAAUCGUCUCAUGCGGUGCAACAUUCGUGCACUACAACCCUGAAAUCUUCCCCGAGCCUUUUGAGUUCCGUCCUGAACGUUGGAUUAAAAAUCCCGAGCUUGAAAAAUGGCUAGUUCCUUUCUCUCGAGGCCCUCGAAUGUGCCUGGGAAUGAAUCUGGCCUGGUUGGAAUUACGCCUCGGCUUUGGGCAUAUCAUUCACAAAUUAGAUAUGGAGCUUACUCCAGACAGUCCUGACAAACUGCUCUGGAGGGAUUGUUUCCUCCCAUUCUGGCUUGGCCCUCAUGUUUACGCUAACGUGAAGCCUUUGAAAACGUGAAUAAACCAUUUCAUAGAGUUUUGUAUGGUUUAAUGCUCAUGAAUGAUUGGAGAAAGAGCAUUGAUUCCAUGGAACUUAUCCAGCGGCGCGAAUUUCGUGUACUUGACCUUCGGACAAAUCCGGUGCAAUCAGAAAUCCCACACUUAGUUUCGUCCAUAGUCUGAAUUAUUGACUAUUGGGUAACGGAUCACCGAAGGUUUCUUUGAUAAAGAGAGGUAAAGCAUUGUACCGUGGAAUAUGUUAGGCACAGUGUUCCUGGAUGUACAAGGUUGCAGCAACUUCGGGAGAGUAUGGAUGUCUAAAUGGACUCUGGUAUGUAUUGUGGCCUAUGAUUUUCAUCU